GCAGUGGCGUUUGUUUUUAGGAUAGUUACCGCGGAGCCGCUCCGAGCGCUGCAGCUGGUGCAUGCUUGAUAUGAUCGUCCGUCCAGCACCUCUUAAUUGCUAGAGCAGGCUUCAACAUAUCCUCAUCUUGCUGCUGUUUAGCACGAUGUUUGGAGCAUCCAGAUGUUUUUCUUAAUUACAAUCAAACAACCCCUGCAGUAACAAAAGUAAUAAAAGUAUUUGUUACCAUGGAUAUUGUACUGAAUGCUGUGGAUACAUACCUCCUCACGCCAAACAAAGUCUACCCAGAAGCAUGGUCAGAGGACUACUGGCUCCGACAGACCAUAACCCUCUUUGUAGUCGUCAAUCUUGGAGGUGCUCUCCUAUAUUUUAUUUCAGCUGGGUUCAAUUAUGUCUUCAUCUUUGAUCAUCGACUGAUGCAGCACCCCAAAAUUUUAAAGAAUCAAAUCCAAAAAGAGAUAAUGUACACACUGUGGUCUAUUCCUUUCAUGGGCAUCCUGACAGUCGUCAUGUUUAUGCUAGAGGUCAGAGGUCAUAGCCAGCUUUAUGAUAGCUUCAGUGAGAGUCAGCUUGGAUGGCUUCGUCUGCCAUGGGAAGUGUUGUCAUUUCUUUUCUUCACUGAUAUGUGUAUCUACUGGAUCCAUCGCUAUCUCCAUCAUCCCCUGAUCUACAAACAUCUUCAUAAGGGCCAUCAUAUGUGGAAGGUUCCAACUCCAUUUGCUAGCCAUGCUUUUCACCCUAUUGAUGGCUUCCUACAGAGCCUUCCAUAUCAUCUUUAUCCUUUCAUCUUUCCCCUUCACAAAGGAGUUUACCUAACCAUGUUUGUCUUUGUUAACUUUUGGACAGUGAGUAUCCAUGAUGGUGAUUAUCGUGUGCCAGAUGCAAUAAAGCCAUUCAUUAAUGGUUCAGCCCAUCAUACAGAUCAUCAUCUCUUCUAUAAUUAUAAUUAUGGUCAGUUUUUCACCCUUUGGGAUAGGUUGGGAGGAUCCUUCAGAAACCCCUCUUCAUUUGAGGGUAAUGGCCCUUUAGAAGAUGUCCUUAAGCUUGCUAACACUGGGCCUCUUUCCUGUCAGAGCAAGGCAAAAUCAGAGAUGAAUCUAGGUCCCUCUAGUGAAGAAAACAACUACAAUCUUCGGAAACGCUAGGUGAUCAUUUAAUUCAUUCAUGACAGUGAUUUUUGAAGAGCUAAAUUGAUCAGCUAUUUCUCUAACUAGCACAGCUGUUAUUUUCUGGUAUCAAUUGAAUAUACGCUUUCCUAAUGUUGGUAUUGUAGCUGAAAAGAAAAUAAAAGGACAGAAAUGGUUUUGUUUUUUAUUGACAUCUUUGAAUGUUAAACAGUGAAUUUGUACUUUCUAAUGGUUCUCCAAUUAAGUGAUAUGCAUACAAAUUGUUUAAUGAAAAUUUGGGGCAACAUAUAUGUAUGACAUUAUUUGAUAUAUCAAGUGUGUGCAAUUUUUGAAGAAUUUGUGUUCUAUCUGUUUAUGCAUGGGGUAAAUACUGUAGAACUGUGAAUUCGAAGUUGUUGGGCCUAAUCACAAAGUAUGGUGUUUUUACUUGAAGGAGAUAAAUAAUCAUGAAAAGUUGAUUUCAUGUAAAUCCAUACAUUGAUUAUACAUGCAGAUAUAUGAGAUAUGCUUAGGGCUUGUUUGGGGCAAUUCCAGCAUAGCGCACAUGACAUUUAGAACAUUUUCAUUAAUUUAAGAGUUUAACAAAAAAUUAAGAGUCCUAAAACUUAGUUCAGUCACACACAUUUGACUAUCGGUGUAAAUUUCACAGUAUGAAACAGAAUAGUUCAGAACAGAAAUAGACUCCUCAUAACCUUAAUUGACGUUACACAAAUGGACAAGGAUUUUUAGCUCACUGUUUUCAGUUUGAAUAGUCAGUCAUUUUGGGGGAAUUCAACAAACUUAGUUUGUGUAUUAACAAAAGCUUUUAAUCAUACUCUAAACACAGAUACACAACAAUUGGAUAUAUUUAUUUUUCUUGCAAUAGCUAGAUAUUUAGCGUAACAGACAGGACAUUUUUGUCUGCAUUUUAUAAACGCCUAUUUAUGUAGCUUUGCUUUAAGAAGUUCAAUGUUUUAUGAAAAGCUUAUCAGUAUUUAUCUUUGAUCCCUUCAACAUAAUUUAUUACCAAAUAAUCAAAUCUUAAGUGCUUGUGUGAAUUAAUGAGAUAAAAAGAUUGUAUAUUGUGACUAAAAAUGUUGCUGUAUUUGCCCUUAAAUUAAGGGUAUUUAAAAAAAAAAAAAA